CAUGAGUAUAUUGUCUGAAAGAAAACAGCCUAUUUUGCAUUUAUCAUGCCAUGAACUUAUACAUCAUCAUACCUAAUUUUUUUCUAAGAUCAACAUCUGUUUUAUAAUAUAGAUAUUCAUGAUUAUGAUACGAAGAUAUUAAAAUUAAGAAGUACAAAUUGGGAAUAUUUUCCAAGCAAAAACAUGGCAUUCUCUACCUAUAAACACAAACAAUAUUAAUUCAAACUAAAUGUCUUGUUUAACCAAUCACAAUUUUCCAAAAGAUGUUUAUGAUUUCUUCCAAUUACAAGACCAUAAAAUAUAUACUAUCCUGCAGAUCAUUUUUUGUCCUCUGAUGAAUACAGUUAUCCUUCCUUUUUUUAUAGAACAAUUGUAGUAUAUUCUUUUAAAUUGAUAUAUACUCUUACAGUUGAGCAGAUGUUCCAUAAUUUACCAAAGUAUUCAUCUCUCAUUGUAAUUCCCUUUUUUUUGUAAAUUACAAAGUUGUGGUUAAUAUUAAGACAGCUUUUCACCAAAUAACUUUUAGAAUUGCUGUCAAAGAAAACGAAAAAAUUAAAUUGGCUCUAGGUUGCCUUCCAACAAGACAAUAUUUACUUAAAUCUUCUACAGUUACAACGCCAACAUCUGCAAAAAUAUAACUAACAUUUCUUAAGUGUUACUUUGAAAACAAUCUGGAAACAUUGCAAAGUAGGAUGAUCGCAUUCUAAUGAUUUCAUAUUCUGAAGUGCCCCACUGUCAUCUUCCUUUACUUCUGGAAGGAAACAUGUAGAUACUAACACAGUUGCACCUUCACCUCUUCUUCCCCUUCCCCACUGGCAGUAGUUUUAUAGCAAGCCCCAUGUGGGUAUUAGCACUUAAUGGAGCAUCACUCCUAUUCUCGGCUUCGUCCAUCUAGUCAGCGUCUAAUCUAACCUACAAAAGCCUUACCCAGUCCACAACCCCCGUCCUAUCCCCAAAUCUAACACUUUCAGUGACCACUGGUUUUGGCAAUUCUGUGACCGCUUCCUGGCCAGCAUCGUGGUUUCUUCAAACCUUGUUUAUUUUUCCAAUUGUCCUGGAUCUAAGCAUUUUCUCUGCCGUAUGGCUGCUGCCUUCCUCUAAGAUGGCCGUGCCCAUGGUGCUCCAGCUAAGGCUCCACUCUCAGCUAUAAUGGGCACAGAGGGUGCCGCCAUCUUUUUCUCCCCAGCUGGCUGAAUAGAAUGCCACUGCGCCGUGCUGGCCUUGGCUGGGCACCCGACUCUUGAGUGUCCCUCGCAACGAACUGAGAAAGGCACUGGGGUGGCCAAGAGUGAUUUCCACAGCCAUUAUGGCCGCUUCUGUCAGAAACGCUGCCACGGGCGCAGCCCUGUGACCUCAUAGAGCGGCGCCCGCAGUCUGAACUCGCGAUGCCAGGCAGGCUCCAUGGUUCUCGCCUCACUUCAUCGUCGUCAUCGCUCAGCGUCCGGGAGGCCGCGCAGGAGCGCGUGUGAAUAGGAAGCGGUUUAGGACGUGGAUGCGGCGUUUUGUCGCUGCUAGUGGUGUCUGGAGAGGUUCGGGCUCGGUCCUUAGGUCCUGGCUCCCAGAAGCAAGAUAACUCAAGUGAAGCAAUGAAGGAAGAAGAGGGAGGUUGCUGGCCUUGGAUAUCAUAAUUUCCGGGGACAACUUUAAGUGGACACUAAUAUUUCUGACUAGGAAAACUUCAUGGCAAAUGCAGAAGAGACAAAGACGUAUAGUCCAUGUUUUCCACUAUUUUCUGAGCACAGAAGAAAAUGAUCAAGACCCAGGAAUCACUGACCCUGGAGGACGUGGCUGUGGAAUUCAGCUGGGAGGAGUGGCAGCUCCUGGACACUGCUCAGAAGAACCUGUACCGGGAUGUGAUGGUGGAAAACUAUAACCACCUAGUAUCACUGGGGUAUCAAACUAGCAAACCAGAUGUACUCUCCAAGUUGGCACAUGGACAAGAACCGUGGAUAACAGUUGCUAAAAUCCAGAAUAAAAAUUGUCCAGGAAUCGGGAAAGUUGACAGUCUUCUGCAAGAACACUCUCCAAACCAAAGACUUCUGAAGAGCGUGCAGCAAUGCAAUGGACAGAAUACACUUAGAAAUACUGUACAUCUCAGCAAGACACAUUUUCCUAUAGUGCAAAAUCAUGAUACAUUUGACUUGUACAGAAAAAAUUUGAAAUCAAGUUUAAGUUUAAUAAACCAGAAGAGAAGACAUGGAAUAAAUAACCCUGUUGAGUUUAUUGGAGGUGAGAAAACGCUUAAGCACGAAUGUAUGCAUGCUAAAACUAGAUUUUCUGAAAAUGCAAAAUGCAUCCAUACUAAAUUCCAAGUCUUUAAGCAUCAGAGGACUCAGAAAAUUGAGAAACCCCAUGCAUGUAUUGAAUGUGAGCAAACCUUCCUUAGGAAGUCUCAGCUCAUUUACCAUGAGAACAUUCAUAUACCAGAGAAUCCUGGAAGUGGUCAAUGUGAGAAAUUAUCCAGAAGUGUCAUGUUCACUAAGCAUCUGAAAACUAAUACAAGAGACAAAAUCUGUAUACCCAAUGAAUAUAGAAAAGGCUCUACUGUGAAGAGUAGUCUCAUUGCACAUCAACAAACCCAUACAGAAGAGAAAUCCUAUAUGUGCAGUGAGUGUGGAAAGGGCUUUACAAUGAAACGCUAUCUAAUUGCUCAUCAGCGAACUCAUAGUGGAGAGAAACCUUAUGUGUGCAAUGAAUGUGGAAAAGGUUUCACUGUGAAGAGCAAUCUCAUUGUACAUCAGCGAACUCAUACAGGGGAGAAACCCUAUAUAUGCAGUGAAUGUGGAAAAGGCUUCACCAUGAAGCGCUAUCUUGUUGUACAUCAGCGAACUCAUACUGGAGAGAAACCCUAUAUAUGCAGUGAAUGUGGAAAAGGCUUUACCGUGAAGAGCAAUCUCAUUGUACAUCAGCGCUCCCAUACAGGAGAAAAAUCUUACAUAUGCAGCGAAUGUGGAAAAGGCUUCACUGUCAAACGCACUCUCAUUAUACAUCAGCGAACUCAUACAGGAGAGAAAUCUUACAUAUGCAAUGAAUGUGGUAAAGGCUUCACCACAAAGCGCACUCUUAUUAUACAUCAGCGAACUCAUACAGGAGAAAAACCCUAUGAAUGCAAUGAAUGUGGUAAAGCCUUCAGCCAGAAAAUAUGCCUCAUACAACAUGAGAGAUGUCAUACAGGAAAGACUCCCUUUGUAUGUACUGAGUGUGGAAAAUCCUAUUCACACAAAUAUGGUCUCAUUACCCAUCAGAGAAUUCACACAGGAGAGAAACCUUAUGAGUGCAAUGAAUGUGGAAAAGCUUUCACCACAAAGUCAGUACUCAAUGUACAUCAAAGAACGCAUACAGGAGAGAGGCCGUAUGGAUGCAGUGAUUGUGAGAAAGCCUUCUCCCACUUAUCAAACCUUGUCAAACAUAAGAAAAUGCACACAAGAGAAAUGGGUAGAAUCGGUCAAGUUGAAAACUCCUGUAAUGAAGAGUCACAGCUCCUUCCUUACAAGUGAA